CCCAAUCUCCAACCAACCCUUCUCUCCCCCCCCCCAAAAAAACCACACUAACUCCUCCAAUCGCGUCGAGCGACAAUGACCGGCGGUGACAGCGCCACGGGCGUCCAGCGGCGGCACCCUCCGCGCUACGCGGACGAGUCCGGCCGCGAUUCCGACGAGAUCGUCGCCGAGGACGCGGCGGCGGAGGGGAAGAUCUCGGUGGAGGACGCGUUCAGGGACGCGGAGGUGCCGUCGCUGUGGCAGCAGCUGACGUUCCGCGCGAUCUUCGCGAGCGCGCUGCUCAGCCUGGUUUUCAAUUUCAUCGUCUGCAAGCUGAAUCUGACCACCGGAGUGAUCCCGUCGCUCAACGUCGCAGCCGGCUUGCUCGGAUUCGCGAUGCUGAAGGGAUACACGGAGCUGCUCAACAGAUUCGGAUUCCUCAAGCAGCCGUUCACCCGCCAGGAGAAUACAGUCAUCCAGACCUGCAUCGUCGCCUCCUCCGGGAUCGCAUUCAGCAGUGGGACGGCGAGUUACUUGCUGGGAAUGAGCCCAGUGGUAGCGAAGCAGGGGGAGACUGGGAACACGCCAUUGAACGUGAAGGAGCUCUCUGUUGGUUGGAUAAUGGGGUUUCUCCUGCUGGUGAGCUUCGUUGGACUGUUCUCCAUCGUGCUGCUGAGGAAAGUGAUGAUCCUCAAGUACAAGUUGACUUACCCUAGUGGUACCGCAACUGCCCAUCUCAUCAACAGCUUCCACACCCCCAAAGGAGCAGCUCUCGCCAAGAAGCAAGUGGGAGUGCUCUUCAAAUCGUUCGGCGGCAGUUUCAUUUGGGCCUUCUUCCAGUGGUUCUUCGCCGCUGGGGAUGCGUGUGGCUUCGCCAACUUCCCCACUUUAGGCAUUCAAGCGUUUAACCAGAAAUUCUUCUUCGAUUUCUCGGCAACGUAUGUUGGAGUUGGUAUGAUCUGCCCCUACAUGGUUAACAUUUCGCUGCUUUUUGGCGCCGUGAUUUCCUGGGGAUUAAUGUGGCCUUUGAUCGAUGCCAAGAAAGGUGACUGGUUCAGCGCCGAUCUUAGCCCUAGCAGCCUCCACGGUCUCCAAGGUUAUAAGAUAUUCAUCGCAAUCGCGACAAUGUUAGGCGACGGGCUAUUCCAGGUGAUCUACCUGCUGGUCAAGUCAACAACAUCCCUCAUCACAUCCUACACAUCCAAACCCAACACAACCACCGACUCCUCCGCCCUCGUCGACGAUGCCACCGCCGCCGCCACCGCCGUAAGCUACGACGACAAGCGCCGAAAGGAGUACUUCCUCCGCGACCAGAUCCCAACAAAGUACGCCAUCAUCGGCUACCUCGCCACGGCCGCAAUCUCCACCGGCUGCGUCCCCUUAAUCUUCCCUCAGCUCCGUUGGUACCACCUCGUCGUCGUCUACCUCAUCGCCCCGGUCCUCGCCUUCUGCAAUGCCUACGGUUGCGGGCUCACGGACUGGUCCCUGGCGUCCAACUACGGCAAGCUGGCCAUCGUCAUCUUCAGCGCCUGGGUGGGCCUGGGCCGCGGAGGUAUCAUCGCGGGCCUGGCCUCGUGCGGAGUCAUGAUGUCCAUCGUGUCCACGGCCUCGGAUCUAAUCCAAGACUUCAAAACCGGGUACCUCACGCUCUCUUCCCCACGCGCCAUGUUCUUUUCGCAAAUCAUCGGCACGUUCAUGGGCUGCGUCAUGUCACCCUUGGUGUUCCUCCUCUUCCUGAAAUCGUACCCGCUCGGCGACCCGAGCGGGCCCUACCCGGCCCCCUACGCGCUGAUCUACCGCGGGAUCGCGCUGCUGGGGGUCGACGGGGUGUCCACCCUGCCGCGGAACUGCCUCGCGCUGUCGAUUGGCUUCUUCUUCUUGGCCAUGGCGGUCAACCUCGCGAAGGAGCUGCUGCAGAAGUACGAGACCAAGUAUAGGAUCUACAGGUUCGUGCCGAGUCCGAUGUGUAUGGCGAUUCCGUUUUACCUCGGGGCGUACUUCGCGAUCGACAUGUGCGUGGGGAGCUUGAUUCUGUUCUUGUGGACGUGGAGGAAUAGGAGGCAGGCGGAGGACUAUGCGGCGGCGGUGGCUUCCGGGAUGAUAUGUGGGGAGUCGUUGUGGGGGAUUCCGGCGGCGAUUCUGUCGCUGGCUGGGGUUGGUGCGCCGAUCUGCAUGAGGUUCUUCUCGGCCGGGGAUAAUAAGAAGGUCGAGGCCUUCUUGGCUACGUUGUAGUCAGCUACUAUAGUGCAGGAACAUGUUUUUUUUUUCCUUCUCUUUCUUAACGUUUCGGUAGUUUGUGUUUAUGUAGUAAUCCUGUUUGGUUUUAUUGUUUUGGAUUUUGAUUAAGGUUGUAAAUGCAUUACUAUUCGGUAUUAAUUAUAUUUGUGACGAUUUGUUUACUCUUUAAUAAUUCCUCUGUACUUGU